AAUCAUUUCAUUUUCUCUAUAUAUUUUCAUUAACACAUUGAUGAUUAAAUUGUUCUAAGAGGUUGUGAAACGCCCGUCCUCAAAAAUGUAGUACAACGCUAUCGACCUUAGACUAUACAUGUUUGUUUGACAUUGUGUUUCAUUAUCGACCCGUAUAUAGUCGACCCGGACGUUCAUCUAUAUUAUUUAUAUAUUCAGAGGAGAGCCUCGUUAUGAAUUUUAUUAAAAUCGAAACAAGAUAAACGUAUUCAGUGAAAUCGAAAGUGGCAUCUGGAAUGAAAAAUAGAGUCUUCAUAUUUUGAAUAAGUAUGAUUAUUUUAUUGCACAUUUUAUUUGAAAUGGCUAAAUUGAAGGACGCGUAGUAAACUAGUGUUUAUUAUUUUGAAAAACUUUUUAAAUAAACACAACCAUGUACGACUCCUACCUAUAAAUAUAAACUGCUACAUAAAACUAGGAUGGAGUUCUAAAAACACGAUGAAAUACUUAAUUUUGAACUGUGGAGUACAACUGUUUAAAUUCAUGGCGUGAGCUAUUUACCUCUUAUGAUUUACAAUGAUCUAAAAUACGACUCAUAUUUUUAAUAUAGGAAAGUGGUAGUUUUACAUGACUAUUUAUAGCGCGCAAUUGGAAGGCUGCCAAGUAAACCAUGACGGCGGCACUUCCGGUUUUAGCUACGGCCGUCCAGGAGCGGCUGCAGGUGGCGGCCAUCGACUUCGGGACGACGUACAGCGGCUACGCAUUCUCCUUUCGAGCUGAGUUUCUGGAGAAUCCGCUCAAGAUUCUUACCAACAAGUGGGAGGCUAGGGGCGGCAGUGCCCUCGUGUCUAUGAAAGCACCCUCUUGUGUCCUUUUUACACCGGAAAGGAAAUUUCAUAGUUUUGGUUACGAAGCGGAAAAGGAGUAUUCCCGGCUCGCUAUGGAGGAUGAACACAAACACUGGUUCUUCUUUCGCCGGUUCAAAAUGCUUCUUUAUAAAUCUAAGAAACUGAAGCGGACCGCCAUGCUAGAUGACGAACUCGGGAAAAAGAUGUCGGCCAUGGACGUCUUCGCCGCCUGCAUUCGUUACCUCCGGGAACACUUGAUGUUCCUGUGCCAGGAGAAAAGCGGUGCCAGAUUCCUGGAGCGGGAUGUCCACUGGGUGCUCACAGUGCCCGCCAUCUGGGACGAUUCCGCUAAACAGUUUAUGCGGGAGGCAGCUGUAGAGGCGGGUAUCAAGUCCGAACAUUUAUCACUUGCCCUUGAACCGGAGGCAGCGUCACUGUUUUGCCGCUAUCUGCCCGUAAGCAAGGUUUGUGGUGCAGACGGUACCACUGCCAUCCAGAACUUUGCGCCUGGGAAGAGAUACCUGGUCUUGGACGCAGGAGGUGGCACAGUUGACAUCACGGUGCACGAGACGCUUUCAGACGGCACAGUGAAGGAGGUCUACAAGGCGAACGGUGGACCCUGGGGAGGCACAACAGUGGACGCUGCCUUCUUUAAAUUUCUCGAGAAAAUCACGGGCACAAAUGUUAUGGAAAUAUUCAAGAGAGAUUAUAAAGACGACGAACUGGACCUUAUGCGGGAUUUUGAAAUAAAGAAGAAAACCAUUGAGUCGAGCAUGGACCCCAGCUUAAGGUUCGUCUUCCGAAUGCCAGUGGCCAUACAUGAUGUUUUCAAGACGUGCAACGGAACGGACUUCAGACAAAGUCUGAUGAUGCAACAGGACCUAAAGGACAAUGUUACCUUUUCUGGAGAUAAACUCCGAGUUAAGCCUGAGCAUGCCCAGAAUAUCUUCAAGGAAACCUGCGACCAUAUUGUAGAGCAUUUGAAAGAUAUCUUCGCUAAACCUGCAGUACAAGGAACUGAAACCAUUCUGAUGGUUGGUGGGUUUUCCGAGUCCAAAAUGCUUCAACAUUCCAUAGGAAGCAAUUUUCCAAACAAGCGGAUUAUCAUUCCAGAAGAUGCCGGGCUCGCCGUCUUGAAAGGAGCAGUCAUAUUUGGGCACAACCCCACUGCUAUAGUUUCAAGGGUUGCAAAAUUCACAUACGGCGUAAAGGUUUACAGAAAUUUCGACCCCUCUAUUCACCCAUUGUCACGCAAAGUGAUUUUAGACGGCGAAGAAAGAUGCCAAGGAUGCUUUGAUAAGCAUGUGGAGAUGAAUCAAGAUGUACAAGCUGGCAUGGCGUUUGAAGAGAAAGUUUACUACCCUCCUAGUAGGCACAGCAAAAAUGCAGCCGUUAAAAUCUUCACGAGCAAGAAUAAACAUCCGAAAUAUACAAACGACCAUGGUUGUGAGUUUUUGGGCUCUUUGGUUGUUGAACUCCCAGAAGGGGGUAAAAGAGAUAAGAAGAUCUCUGUCAAAAUGAUUUACGGUAUGACAGAGCUUGGUUUGGAGGCUACAAAACUAAAAACAGGGGAAACUUUGAACGUGUCAUUCAACUUUCUUGGAUGAAGAAGACAAGAUCGGACUGCUGCGCUUCAAAUAGACACACAUUUGGUGGAAGUAUUUUUCAUAAUAUAUUUAUUGUUGGUACUUGAAGUUAUACAAUCAGUGGUGUUUGUGUAAAUGAUGAACACACAUUGGACAUAUUGACUAUGACAAGGUAAAUUCAGAUCAAAUAAUACAGUGAGAAGCAAUGCUUUUGUUUUAUGUUUUGUAGUAAACUAUGUUAUAACGGUAUAACUAUGUUAAAUUCGUAAAUAUAAAGCCUCCAGCCCCAAAUACAUAUCAUACUACAUGAAACCAAAUAAUGAUAACUUGUGUCACGGGAAGGAAUCAGUACGAUAAUGUUACAUAAAAUGAACAAGAUUAUUCCUUUUAAAUAACUGUUAAUGUUCAAUAAAAUAUGAUGUAUACAUUAAAAAUUACUUGUAAUUUUUCUGAAAUGUUCAAUUUCAAUAUAGUGUAUAGAAAGCUUUUAAGUUUCUUCCAAUAGACGACCAAAUGAAUAAGUAUUGUGUACGUACGAUAUUUUUACAUAUGGACAAAAGCUGAACAGAAAGUGACAAGUGACAAGAAAGUGCUAUCCAGUUCAAUGGAUUUUGAAAUAACCAAUGUGCUUCCGAUUAUGAAAAUUUAUCAUAAACUUUAAGCAUAUUCCAGACAUCUUGAUGGUUGACAUCAAGUAGGAAGUUAUAAAGUAAGAGGUAGGAACGUGAAUCCUGCAAGCGACACGACAACGUUAUGUACUGACAUGUGUCAAGUAAUUUAAAACAACAACAACUCGGUGCAUGACUAAGUUACAUCUCCAACACGACCAACUUUACUCUUUAUAUGUGCAUAUGUGCAGCAUUCCACACAUGUACAAAUUAUUUUUUUAAAUCUCUCCGUACAUGGCAAAAUCAAAAUCCGCAAACGGGCAGCAUUCGAUAAAUAAGAUUUAGAUUUAAGUGUAACGUUCGGACGCAUAAAAAAUGUAUUGCAUGAUUUCACAGUCGACCACAGUCGUAACAAUACACUUACAUGCGAUCGUCCCUUGGGCUACAUAGGACUAUUAUGUUGGCCAAUCACAGCUUAAACAUUUACAAAAUGCAAUCUUUCAUGCAAAAAUUAAGAUACUCUAAUCGAAAAUGACGUUCAACAUUUAGCAAAGGAUUAAAAUGUUGAGUAUAUAUAAUGAAAAUCUUGACUUACUGUUUAUAGAUUGAUAAAUCUUUUCAAUAUGUCUGCAUAAAUAUAUUAAGAAAUAUAUUUACCUCAACAACGUCUUGAAAUAUAUGUACAAAACCAUA